UGUAGUUAAAUGAACUUUAGCUGCAGGGUCAAGGCGACAUGGAUAUAAAACAAGGAGUAGCUUUAGUUACUGGAGGCGCUCAGGGAAUAGGAAAAGCUACUUGUGAAGCAUUACUCAAAAAAGGCUGUAAGGUUUGUUGUUCGGAUGUAAACGAUGAAAUUGGAAACAAAACGGUGGAUGAAUUGCAAAAAGUUUUCGGGAAAACAAGUUGUAUUUUCUUGAAAUGCGACGUCUCGUCAUUCGAAGAGUUUGAAGCCACUUACCAGAAAACUAAAGAAACAUUUGGAAACGUAAAUAUUUUGAUAAAUAAUGCAGGAGUUGGGGUAGAAAAAGUCGUGGACGUUAACCUGAAUGGAGUUAUAAAUGGCUGCUUUAUUGCGUAUAAAUAUAUGGGAAAACAUAAUGGAGGAAGUGGUGGUUCUUAUUGCUUAAUCCUCAGAGUCAAUGGCUCCCUACAUUUUUGGUAUCCUGCAACNUUGAUAAAUAAUGCAGGAAUUGGAGAAGGAAAAGUCGUAGACGUUAACCUGAAUGGAGUUAUAAAUGGCUGCUUUAUUGCGUAUCAAUAUAUGGGAAAACAUAAUGGAGGAAGUGGAGGUUCUGUUGUUAAUGUUGCUUCUAUAGCAGGGUUAUUACCUUUUCCGUUUUCGCCCGUUUACGCAGCAACUAAAGGUGGUGUUAUUAGUCUUACAAGGAGUUUUGGA